AUGAUCGAGGUUGUGUGUAACGACCGGCUGGGCAAGAAGGUCCGGGUGAAGUGCAACACAGAUGACACAAUAGGAGACCUAAAGAAACUGAUUGCAGCUCAAACAGGCACCCAUUGGAGCAAGAUUGUCUUAAAAAAAUGGUACACAAUCUUCAAGGACCACAUUUCCCUGGGUGACUAUGAAAUCCAUGAUGGAAUGAACUUGGAGCUUUAUUAUCAAUAGAAGCAGCAGGUCUGCCAACUCUGCAACUCCC